UCAGAUGUUUUCUCAAAUCAGCGAACAUUUACUGAGCAUCUGCUAUGUACAAGAUGAACAUCUGCAACAAGCCUUCCAACAAGACAGCCCCUGAGAAGAGUGUGUGGACGGCACCUGCACAGGCCAGUGGACCUUCCCCAGAGCUGCAUGGCCAGCGGUCCCGUCGGAAUGGGUGGAGUUGGCCUCCUCACCCGCUCCAGAUUGUGGCUUGGUUGCUGUACCUCUUCUUUGCUGUGAUUGGCUUUGGAGUCCUUGUUCCUCUCCUGCCUCACCACUGGGUGCCUACUGGCUACGCUCCAGUGCAUGGGCGUCAUCUUUGCUGGUCACCUUGUGGUACACCUGACUGCCGUCUCCAUCGAUCCAGCAGAUGCCAACGUACGGGACAAGAGCUACGCAGGGCCCCUGCCCAUCUUCAACCGCAGCCAACAUGCACACGUCAUCGAAGACCUGCACUGCAACCUGUGCGAUGUGGACGUAUGCACCAUCCCAGAGCAAGAUCCCAUAAUGGAGCCCCUCCUUCCUGCUUCCGGGUGUGCAGCGCUUCGGGAGCCCUCGCCUCUAGAAGUCUCACCCUGCAGUUCCACAAGGGGGAGCACGCGCUCCUCUGCCAGGCGGGAGUGCGCGCUCCAAGCACUGCAGUGCUUGCAACAAAUGCGUGUGCGGCUUCGACCACCACUGCAAGUGGCUCAACAACUGCGUGGGCGAGAGGAACUACCGUUGGGGCUGUGAGGGCCAAGAUGCCCUUACUAAGCUGGAGCCCCUGGGUGCUGAUAGCUACCCAUGGCUGGGCCAGACUCUUUCUACACAGUGUGGCAUCUGCUUUACUGGGUGUCCUCCUCCUGGUGCUGGUGGCCACUUAUGUUUUUGUGGAGUUCUUUGUCAACCCCAUGCGGCUGCGUACCAACCGACACUUUGAAGUCCUGAAGAACCACACCGAUGUGUGGUUUGUAUUCUUGCCUGCUGCCCCUGUGGAGACCCAGGCUCCUGCCAUUCUGGCCCUGGCUGCCCUACUCAUCCUUCUUGGCCUGCUCUCCACAGCCCUGCUUGGCCACCUGCUCUGCUUCCACAUUUACCUCAUGUGGCACAAGCUCACCACCUAUGAGUACAUCGUGCAGCACCGUCCACCACAGGAGGCAAAAGGGGCCCACAGGAAGCUUGAGUCGUGUCACCCCAAGAUGCGACCGAUUCAGGAGAUGGAGUUCUACGUGAGGACCUUCAGCCAUGUACGCCCAGAGCCCCCUGGCCAGGCCAGGCCUGCGGCAAUAGAUGCAAAUCCCUCCAGGUUUCUUGCCACCGGAGGCCAAGUGGAACAUUCACGACCCUCCUCAGACACACUGACCCUGCCUCCCAGGAUCCGACCCCAGAAAAAGAGGAAGCGGCGCAUGUAUAAGGUACCGAGGUCUGGGAUCUUGGACCGGGAGUCGCCGCUGCCCAGGCUUCGGGGGCUCAGGGUCCCAGGCCGCCACUCCAGUUCAUCGACUGAUUCCUCUGGUGCCAGCCCGGUGCACGCCGCUGGUCCUGCAGGCGCCUACCACUCGGCGUCUGCCGAGUCCAUGGAUGAGAUUCCAGUGGCUCAGACGCGCCUAGGCAGCGCCGCCCUGGCCGCCCCUGGGAGCAGGGGCCGAGAGACUGGUCUGGCGCUGCAGGCUCGUGCGCCCGCCGUUUUCGUGAGCCCGAGCAGCGGCGAGCCCGGGACACCGGGAGGCCGGGAGGGCGGCCUGCCUUAGCCGCAUCGAGAGGCAGGAGGGCCGAGGAGUAGCGGCCGGCCCUACUCUCUAUGCAACACCCCACUUUCGCCGCACCGAGUGCACUUUAGGGGCCCCGACCGCCGACGGGAUCGGCUUUGCUCCCCUACAACUCAGCAA